GUCGUGUUCAGAGGAUACAUCAUAGACGUACGUACGCGCACGGGCGGCAGAAUUUACUGAGAGUGGAGCGUCGACUCCUCGGGGUUUAAGCACAGGCAGGACAAGCUUGUCUCUAACAAUUCCCAAAUUUCAAAACAUUCCCAAGAAAAUCUAUUAUCGAUCCCAAGACGUGCGUUGACCAGUGACGAGACAGUCAUUUCAGACGUUUGCCGUUCGACGAGCCUUGGAGACUUUGGCUGAGUUGAUUUUACGAGAGAGCAGCGAAGAUGGCACAGUUGAUGAGCGUCGCUGUACUCACUCUUCUCAUGGGGCUCAGCGCGGCGCACGUCCGUCUGACUUGGCCGCCAGCGAGGACCUACGAUUUCGACUUCUUGGACAACAUCCGGACCCAAGUACCUUGCGGGGUGCCCUCUGGUGGUCUAGUGACAACAUUUGCACCAGGACAGAAAGUCAAUGUCACCUGGCAUCUGGCAUAUUCACACAGGGGCGGUUACAAGUUAUUCAUCAUUUCUCGUAAUGGCUCCGAGAUCAUGGCCAACUUGACAUCUCCCGAUGGAUGGAUUGGCAUCAAUGAAACUGGGGCCAUCAUGCAUGAGGUUGAGAUCCCAUCAAACAUGGAGGGUGACUAUACCUUGGUGUUGAAUCGUAAUGCAGCUGAGUGGGUCACAGGCAAUCCUAACCUGCCGUUCUACACAUUCCACAGCUGUGCCGAUAUCACCAUCAAAGCUGGUGCAGUCUGCAACACCAAUAUGGAAUGCUCUGGCCGUGGGCAAUGCACAAACAACAAGUGUGUUUGUAAUGACUUAGCCAGCGGCAAUUUCUGCCAGUAUGUUGAUGACUGCAUGAAUGCAGAAGACUGCAGUAAUCACGGUGAAUGCACCGAAAUCUCCGAUGUCACCUACACGUUUCCCCGGUCCGUCUGCUUCUGCAGAGAUGGUUACUUCGGAAAUCAGUGUGAAAAAGAAAAUCCCUCGAACUUCAAGGUUGACAUGAUGAUGGAGGAAAUGUCCAGCUACUUCCACAGGGAUCUGUCUGACUCCAUGUCCGUGUACUACAAAAUCCUGACAGCCUCAAAUGAAGUUGAAGUGGUCGUCAAAUCGACUGGGAAAAGUUGGAUUGGAUUUGGAUGGCGUCCCAGAGGUAUGAACGGCACCUGUCGUAACUUCCCUGUCGCCUACCGCUCUGGGGCAGUACCGGAAGGGGAACCAGAGGGGGAACCGGUGGGAGAACCAGGAGCUGAGCCACCAUCUACGGGACGCCGCCGCCGUGCCGUGCGCUCAGUACGGAUACCCCGCCACUCACAUGGGGACGACAUGGACAUGAGUGAUGAGUGUGUCCCAUGGGGUUCUGGAGGUGCUGAGCCAGGGGCGGAGCCUGAACCAGGGGCGGAACCUGAACCAGGGGCGGAGCCUGAACCAGGGGCGGAGCCAUCUGCCGAACCAGGGGCAGAGCCAUCUGCCGAACCAGGGGCGGAGCCAUCUGCCGAACCAGGGGCGGAACCAGGGGCAGAACCAGGGGCGGAACCAGGGGCGGAACCAGGGGCGGAACCCGGGGCGGAACCAGGGGCAGAAGCCUCACUCCACCCCAUGGAUUGUGUGGAUAUUGUCAUCGGCAUGGUGGACGGGACAUUGUCGCGUGUCGGUGAUUACUACACCCGUGAUCGGUCCACGCCAAGACCCGACAACUUCUACGGAGGAACAGACAGCUUGACAGCUGCAGGGGGCAAGGAGUACAGCGAUCACACCAUCAUCAAAUUCCGCAAGAAAUUAAUGUCCACCGAACGCUCUGAUCACAGCAUCGUGAAUGGACCCAUGAACGUCAUCUUUGCACGAGGCCAGGACUACGGGAAGUACGUGCAUAACCCGCCCAGCGGCGUCGAGUUCUGCACCACCAACCAGCGGUUCUACAAACGGUUUGAGCUGAAAUACCACGGCACUCACCCAAACCAGCGCCGACAGGUGCCCAACUUUAAUUUUUAUGAGGAUCCCAAUGCGGUGCCACCCAGUGGCCCAUGCGUCGGUAUGUUCUCCAAUCCUGUGAACUGCCAAGGAGAUGCCUGCAACUACCGAAUCACCUGGACAUACAGAGAGGCUGAUGAUAAGAUCCAAUUCACCAUUGUUGCUAAGACGGAGAGCAACAGGUGGACCGGAGUGGGCUUUUCCAGGCAGGGUGCAAUGAUCGAUUCGGACGCCGUCAUUGCUUUCCGCAGAGCCGAUGGCAUGGUGGCUGUCGAAGACCGCUUCUUGAUGGGUAAGAGUCAGGACAGGGUGGUCGUCGACAAAACCAACAAUCUUGAAGAGGUGUCGGCCUCUCACAACAACGGUGUCAUGACGCUGUCCUUCAGACGUCUGAGGAACACUGGUGAUAACCAGGAUGUUGCCUUCACUGAUGAUCCUGAUGGGUGUCUUCAUUUCCUCAUUCCUCUCCGAGGAGGUACAUUCACUGAAGGAACGCCCAACGUGUUAUCCAUUCACGCGGAAACACCAAUCGCAUCUCAGAAAUUCUGCAUCAAGGCUUGCGACGAAGGGCCAGGAGGCCCCAGAGACAGUGGUGCAAAUCUCUCAGCAAGACUGAGUCCCGUCAUCAUUUUUAUGAUUCUGACCUUCAUCUUGAAGAUGUAAACAGGAUGUAAAGCAUCCAGGCGUAAGCAUCACAAUGCAGUUAGGUAUUCAAUCGAAUGUAAACAAAAUUUGAACAACACAAACCAGCCUGAUAACCAUUCUGAAAACAAAGCUUGUCUGAUGUUCAUCCUCAAGAUGUAAACGACACAAAGCUUUCGAAAUUUGUCUCAAUGAUGCAGAUGCCUGUCAGGUGCACUGACCUCGCCUCCUCACACUACAGCUUUGACAUCACUUUAUCAUCAUAUCAACAUACAACCAGUCAACCGAAGUUUACAAAUCUUAUCAUGAGCAACACACUGGUCACAGUUACUUGCAUCAUGAAGAUAAACCCCCCUUUAAAAAAUAUUGUAAGAAUGGUCAUGUAUUGUGUUGUAUGUCGGCAUUGCACAGAUUUAUCAUUCUUAAAAAUUGAAUUUUUGGUCACAAUACAAAUUAUGCUUGUAGUCUUGUACCACGCAAAAAGAACAAAAAUACACUUCACAGAUAGUACAUGUUAACGUAGCCGAUAGAUAUAAACAAGUGGAAGCCUUUAUAAGACUGCCUGAAACUUGCUUUGGACAAGAGCAAAAACGUGUUUGGUGAGAAAGUUUGUAUUUUGUUGAUUUUUGUUCAUUUUUUCCCCCUGCACAACACUGAAAGGUUUAUUCAUUCACGAUUGGGGUAUCAAAACUUACAGAGAUGGCGUUUUGGAAACAGGUUCAGAAAAAUUAAAGAUUGUAGUUCAUUUGACACUUUAAGGCAUAAAAUGAGGCUGCAAGUACUGGGUCCAGGUACCAGGCUGAUAUGCCGCUGUAGACACAUGGAACAGGAGGCAUGGUUGGGUAAGAACUUUGAGGGGUUUUCUAGGAAUGGUACAUAGAUGUCUUAAUACAGUUAUUGGACUCAAUUAGAGACAUGCUAGGCUAAAGAAGGCUGAAAUGUGAAUUCGUUAAGAAGCGAGGCUGUAAUUUGAUCUUUAGAAACACCUACAUAUUUCAACAAUUUAUCUUCUCUGUUUGAGGUUCCAAUUUCAUUGUGUCAGAUCAUGUUUAGUUGGUGAUUGACCAAGUUCUGCUUUGUAGUUUUUGGACACUUACAUGUAAGUGCACUUAGAACAUAUUCCGAUACCACUAUUCUUGUGAGGUCAAGGAGUAAAUGAAUUAAGUACUUAAAACUUUAGAUGUCUUUAUGUAAAUUUAUGUUAUGUAUUAAUUUUGUCCAUUUACCGGAAGUUAAACCUGUUGACAUGAUAUAUCAUUUUAGAGUAAUUAUAUUUCUUGAAUUUCCCAAUGUAAUUUGUAAAGUUGCGUUUAUGAAGUUAAAUAUGUUAACAGUAGUAAAGUUUAAAUCGAAAGUGUGGACAAAUCUUGAAUUUAGUUAGAUGCUUUGAUGGUGUGGAAUUGCAUUAAGAGAAACUGAACAAAAUUGCCAGGUGCGUCUUACGCUUCUUGCACAUUCUGUAGAGGCUUUGAUCUAACUUUUACAGUAAAUUUUAGAGUAAUAUUCAGAUGUGUAUAUUUUUGAGAAUCUAUAUUUAGCACUCGUUCAGAUUACUCUAUUUUAUUCAAGACCAAGGUUACGUGUGUGUGUAUUUGAGACUUUUGCACAAAGAAAUCUUGAGAGUUGAAUCAUUGCUGUAUAUUUUGAAAUAUUUAUCCUUAAUGGCUCUAAAACAGAACAGUAUUCUGUGAAAUAUUUCUGUCCAAUUUUAUGACGAAUUGUUGAUGAUCCAGUUUUUAAAGAAAAAAGUUUCUGACUGUAUUAUGAACUGUGAGAUGCUGUUGGAUGAUAAAGAGUUUUUACACUCUAUUCAAGGAACAGAAGUGUACAAUGAAGGUACAUAUAAAUGAAUGUAUGCUAUACACAGAACAGGCUGAAGAUCCUGCUGUCAGAUGGAUUUUCUGCCUUACCUCAUAUUUUGCCAGAGGGCUUUUUCUACCUGCGUUAUUCAUUGUCUUGUUUGAGCAACUUACGAUAACGCCAUGAAAUCUGGGAACAUGACCAUAAGCACGUGCUAUUGUAGGCUGAUGUAUUUCGACUUUCUACAGGCACAUAGUCCAACAGUUGGAUGUCCAGAUUCAUCGGAUAUACAAAGUAUACCAAGAUGUCUGCACAAAACCAACUACAACUCAACGGGUGCUUCAAUCCGAGGCAAUCACUAUUUUUUUACACAUUAACAUUUCCAAGCUCGGUCUUUAGAGGAGCAAAACCCGGUUGAGACAAAGAAAACUCAGGAACAUCUGCAGUGGGUCCACUGUCCUUUAAACUUUGCAGUCUUCUACACAACUUGUACUUUAGACAAUAUGAAGUGUUUUAAAUCUCUUGUAAGCACUUUGUUUUAACUUUAUGGAAUAAAAAUAGGAGAAAAAUA